AUGAAAAACGUAUCAACCACUACAAAAAGGUCCCUUGCCAGUGAUGACAGACACAAAGCCUCUGCCAGUGAUGACAGACACAAAGCCUCUACCAGUGAUGACAGACACAAAGCCUCUACCAGUGAUGACAGACACAAAACCUCUGCCAGUGAUGACAGACACAAAGCCUCUGCUAGUGAUGACAGACACAAAGCCUCUACCAGUGAUGACAGACACAAAGCCUCUACCAGUGAUGACAGACACAAAGCCUCUGCUAGUGAUGACAGACACAAAGCCUCUACCAGUGAUGACAGACACAAAGCCUCUACCAGUGAUGACAGACACAAAACCUCUGCCAGUGAUGACAGACGCAAAGCCUCUACCAGUGAUGACAGACACAAAGCCUCUACCAGUGAUGACAGACACAAAGCCUCUGCCAGUGAUGACAGACACAAAGCCUCUACCAGUGAUGACAGACACAACGCCUCUGCCAGUGAUGACAGACACAAAGCCUCUACCAGUGAUGACAGACACAACGCCUCUGCCAGUGAUGACAGACACAAAGCCUCUACCAGUGAUGACAGACACAAAGCCUCUACCAGUGAUGACAGACACAAAGCCUCUACCAGUGAUGACAGACACAAAGCCUCUGCCAGUGAUGACAGACACAAAGCCUCUACCAGUGAUGACAGACACAAAGCCUCUACCAGUGAUGACAGACACAAAGCCUCAGCCAGUGAUGACAGACACAAAGCCUCUACCAGUGAUGACAGACACAAAGCCUCUGCCAGUGAUGACAGACACAAAGCCUCUACCAGUGAUGACAGACACAAAGCCUCUACCAGUGAUGACAGACACAAAGCCUCUACCAGUGAUGACAGACACAAAGCCUCUACCAGUGAUGACAGACACAAAGCCUCUACCAGUGAUGACAGACACAAAGCCUCUACCAGUGAUGACAGACACAAAGCCUCUGCCAGUGAUGACAGACACAAAGCCUCUACCAGUGAUGACAGACACAAAGCCUCUGCCAGUGAUGACAGACACAAAGCCUCUACCAGUGAUGACAGACACAAAGCCUCUACCAGUGAUGACAGACACAAAGCCUCUACCAGUGAUGACAGACACAACGCCUCAGCCAGUGGUUUUCAUAAUGCUUUGAUGAUCUGCUGCUAUUUCUCACGUCAUGUCGUCGGAGUCUGA